CAUCUUGUUUUGACUAUGUCUUCCCUGGUGGACUAUGAUUUACCCCAGCUGAACAAGUAUGUGGCUGAGGGCCUGAAUGACAGCAUUCAACAUUAUCACUCAGACAACAACACCAUGGCAGCAUGGGACUUCAUCCAGUCACAUUUGCAGUGUUGUGGUGUAAACGGUUCAAGUGAUUGGACUAGUGGUCCACCAUCUUCCUGCCCACCAGGUGCAGAUGUUCAGGGUUGCUAUAAUAAAGCAAAAUCGUGGUUUCACUCCAAUUUCUUGUAUAUUGGAAUCAUUACCAUCUGUGUAUGUGUGAUACAGGUGCUGGGGAUGGCCUUUGCACUGACACUGAACUGCCAGAUUGACAAAACCAGUCAGGCAUUAGGACUGUGACUUGCAACUGCCCUGAGCUUAAAAGACUUAUUUCUCUCUGGAAAUCCAAAACACCUAUAGUACGAGACCCCAAACAAUCACCUGCCUGCCUGGCAUUUUGGUUUUCUCUUAUCUCUUCCUUGAUUGGGUCCCUGUCUUAUAAAUCCAAGGAAGAGAAUAUUUGUCAUGAACUCUCCAUCUCAAGGAGAAGACAAUCAUUCACCAACUGAUGGCAGUAGCCAUAUCCCUUAAAGAUGGUGAAACAUACCUGGGUGAAUUUUUUGGACAUUAGAGGCCAAGAAUAUCUGUUUUUUUUUUUUUUUUUUUUUUUUUUUUUUUGG